UUCUCCUCGUUAUGUAGAACAGGUCAGUAAUCACAGCGGGACAGGCAUAUGGUCAGAGAGUGGGAGAGGGGAGGGCAGAAAAAGCGCCAGAGAGUGAGAGGAAGCUGGAGAAUCGGUCACUUUCAGAGAGACUCAAAUAUUUUUAUUCACCCGCAUUUGCUUCAUUUUGACCACCGGACAGUUAACCACAAACUGCACAGAUAGUUAAAUCGCUGCUGCUGCUGCUGCUUCCGCCUGGGUUUUAAAGCCGGACGUCGGUGCGCUCGGCUGCGGUGAGGUGACAGGCUGGAUGCCAUGGACCCGCUGCUGCCCACAGACCCGGAGAUGAUGGAGCGAGAGGCGGACAAGGAUGCGCGGAGGAAGAUCCAGUUCUCUGUCCCGUCCUCCAUCUCUCUGCAGCUGGAUCCGCGACAGGUGGAGAUGAUUCGACGCCGGAGGCCAACACCUGCCACUCUCUUCAAACUGACAGACCCGCCAUCACCAGAGGAAGACAGCAGCUCGCGUCAGUGGGUUCUGGGUGAAAAUGGAUCCACGAAAGCCAAACUGGUUCACAUGGCAACCUACCAGCCACCCUCACUUAACGCUGUCCAGAUGUUGGCGGCGGCCCACCUGAAGUCUCUGGACAGAGAAGCGCCCUCUUCUGGAGAGGAAGAGGAGCAACACGAUGAUGAGGAAAAACAGCAGGCGGCAUCAACCACAACAGACUUAAGAGAAAAAAGCGAACCUUCAACGGAUCUUUGUGAGAUGCUGGGAAGUUCAGCCGCAAGAGCCGAGACCACAGAGCUGGAGGAAGGAAAGGGGGAAUGACAAAAAGAAGACAAACUGGCCAAGAGAGCUUGUAGAGAACGCGCCUGUGCAGCACAUGCGUGGACAUUUUUUGCGUGUACAUAUGUGCUUUUUAGGUCUGCAGGUGUGUGCAUGCAUGCAACAAUAAAGCUGGAAGUGGAAAAAGAAAGAGCAGAGGAAACAUACAAUCAUCUGGGAAGAAUAUAAAUGAGCAGAUAUAGGUUAAAGUUUAACCUGAGACAGCCGAGAAAGCUGGAGAAAUAUUCCAUGUCAGCAUCAAAACAGGAGUAAGAUUUUUAGCUGUAGUUUAGUUUAUUGGCUACAAAUUGUAAAUUAAGAUGUUAGACCACAUACACCAAAGUGCCACAUAAAUACAUUUAACAUUAUCAACUACAAUAAUGGCCACAUAUACAUGUUUGGUCGUAGAUCAUCAGGAUUUCACUCUGGAGAUGCAAACUUUGUUGAAUAUUUGCACACAAGGUCGAUGGAGGAAAGAGGAUGAGUAACAGAUGAUCGCAUCUGCACAGCUGCCAUCUUAAUAAUUAUGGGGACUAAUCCAACUAAUCGUGAUAAUGUGGCCAUGUUGAUCUGCUGGAACAUUAUGAACAGGCUUUUGUGAGAUGGUCACUGUAGCAAAUGUGAUCGAGUUGAGAAAGCACUUUUAACUGACAUCGGUAAUCUUACACGGUGAAAUAAAUUACCUGGUCAUUUAUUAAUCUUUAUAUAUUAUAUUAACCUGUGUAUAUAACUAAUGCAUUCAUUCUUAAUAAAUCUAUUCAAACAGGUUGUUGCUUUAAGUGGGAUUGAACAAUCUGCCUGUAAAAAUUAUGCAAUAAAAUAUUUUCCUUUGUGUAUCAAAUGGGUUAGGUGGUCCAGAAUGUUGUGUCACUUUUAAGAAUGUCACAUAUUUAUUUUAAGAGAAUAAAAUGGGUUGUAUAUUUA